AGACUACACCCCGAGCCGACUCGGCGCUCGAUUGAGCUUCCUGGCUCUCCAUGUAGUCCAUUUCCGGCGGCUCCCAUUUCUCUUCCGGUGUUUCGGCGCGGAGUGAGCACUGCGAGAGGCAACCGAAGCCUAUAAGGCUUCACUGAAAUUUAAUCCAAAACAUGGAUAUCAGACCAAAUCAUACAAUUUAUAUCAACAAUAUGAAUGAUAAAAUAAAAAAAGAAGAACUGAAGAGAUCGUUGUACGCACUCUUUUCUCAGUUUGGCCAUGUAGUAGAUAUUGUGGCUUUAAAGACCAUGAAGAUGAGAGGGCAAGCAUUUGUUAUAUUUAAAGAACUUGGCUCAUCCACAAAUGCUUUGAGACAGUUACAAGGCUUUCCAUUUUAUGGUAAACCAAUGCGAAUUCAAUAUGCAAAAACAGACUCAGAUGUAAUCUCUAAAAUGCGGGGCACUUUUGCUGAUAAGGAAAAGAAAAAAGAAAAGAAAAAGGCUAAAUCUUUGGAGCAAACUGCUAAUGCUGCAAACAAAAAGCCUGGUCAGGCCACACCAAAUUCAGCUAACACCCAAGGAAAUUCAACCCCAAAUCCUCAGGUGCCUGACUACCCACCAAAUUAUAUUUUAUUCCUAAAUAACUUGCCAGAGGAGACUAAUGAAAUGAUGUUAUCUAUGCUGUUUAAUCAGUUUCCUGGUUUCAAAGAAGUGCGGUUGGUACCCGGAAGGCAUGACAUUGCUUUUGUGGAGUUUGAAAAUGAUGGCCAGGCUGGCGCUGCCAGAGAUGCCUUACAAGGAUUUAAGAUCACACCGUCCCAUGCCAUGAAGAUUACAUAUGCCAAGAAAUAGCUCUAUGGACAUUCUUUAAAUGACUUGGUUUUAUUGAUGGCUUCUGUUCUUCGUUUUUUGAAUUCUACAAUUCAGAAAUUUUGAAGAGCUUUCUGAGGGCAGCAGUGAAAGUAGCAAAACAUUUUGUGUAAACUUUUUUUUAAGCUGAGAUUCUCCAGUGUCCCUUACAAAUUUGGAGUACUGCAACGUGCCAGAGACAUUUUGUGCAAUUAAAAUUUACUCAUAUUCAAUAUGUAAUGUUAUGCCUUUUGCGGGGGGACCCAUUUCUCCCUUUAUCUGUUCUAUAUUAUAAUUUUUUCUAUGGCCACAUUUUAAUUGUGUUUUCCUAAUCACAUUUAUUUUGGAAUGACCAGUAGAAGCUUUGAAAUACUGUUAAAGAACUAAAGAUGUAUUUGAGAGAGGAAAUUAGUAAACAGCUAAUUUUU